AUUAACUUCCCCUGCUGCUUGUUGUCACUUGCCAGUAUACACAAGAUGCGACAGAGGAGCUCCAGAAACCAGCUUUUUGUGCAGGUCUCUAUGCAGAGUAGAAUGCAAGAGUGGUGACAGCAGUCUCCAGGAAGAAAAAAAAAACACAUUGAAAACAACUUUCGACCGUCUGAUCCCUCGAGAUCUGUUUUAACAAAUGGAAACCUAGUGACUCACCAGGGUCGUGUAUCUGAGCCAAACAUCCACACCAGUUUCUUUUUUCCAUUAGAAGGAAUCUCAGGUUGUUUUAAAAUUUUAAGUCUGUCGCCAUCCACAGGCACUUCUGUGUCGCUUAAUUACUAUUUUGUGGUCGGAUUUUACAAAAUCUCACUGCUGUUUUAUUUCUGGGGAGUUCUGAGUCACUGUCAUUCACAGCUGUUCCGUAGCCCCAGGUGUGUUUGGAUGUUGCACGAGGUUGCGGUAUCUAUCUACCUAAAGCUGUAAUCGUGUGUCUUUCCCUUUCUGGAAAACUGGCAGCUCAGUUUUACAUCAGCCUUAUUUACCGUGUGUAAGGAUGUUUUUUAAUAUAUAAUUUUGAAUUAAAACGUCCACUGUGGAAUAUUUUUGUUUCCUUUUCACCUAGGAUCCAUAUUAUAAAAACUAUUGCUGUGCUUACAAGCAAAGACUGCAAUUUGUGCUCUAUUGCCAAGGAAUCAGGUGAAAAUCUGUCAAUUGGGUUUACUAAAUGUUUGUAGGGGAUGAUUAUUGAAGCAUGGAAAGGCUGCUGAUGGACAGUAGCUCGUUCUGAAGAUGUCUUUUUUAGGGAUUACACGCGGAGAAAGGCGAUCAGUCAAGGGGAGAGUUGGCUGGUGAAAUUGACUAAUUUCUUUUCGUUCAGGAGAACUGGCUCAAAUGGCUCCUUCUCCCAGGAUAGGUAAUCGAAAGGAUGCCAAUGCCUGGCCAAGCAUGUCCUCAACUUUCUGGGCAAUCAUGAUUCUGGCCAGUCUCCUAAUCGUCUACUGCAGUCAACUGGCUGCUGGUACUUGUGAAAUUGUCACUCUGGACAGAGAUAGCAGUCAGCCUCGGAGGACUAUAGCUAGGCAAACAGCACGAUGUGCAUGUAAAAAAGGGCAAAUCGCUGGCACGACGAGAGCACAACCAGCCUGUGUUGAUGCACGAAUUGUAAAGACCAAACAGUGGUGUGAAAUGCUUCCUUGUUUGGAAGAAGAAGGAUGUAAUUUGCUAAUAAAUAAAUCAGGUUGGACUUGUACGCAACCCGGAGGCCGAGUUAAAACAACAACAGUGUAACAUGGAUUUCAAAAUGCCAGUUUGGCACACUAGGGUCAUGUGACCCAUGCCAUUUAUACUAUUCAGUUGGCAAUGCUGAUUGUGAGGAUUCUCCAUCUUUGUUUGGACUAGACUUUCUUCUUCCACCUAACUCAGGCACUUACUAUUACAGUACCUGAGCAAGAAGGAUCACAACUUCUCCAGCUACUACUGCAACAUCUGACACAGAAUCCAAUAGAAUUCUCAUUGCAGUCCACACGUGGUUUGAGAAACUAAAAAGCUAAAAAUGUAAGAAAAGCCUUGGAAAAUGCAUACUGUUAUGUAAUUUGAAUGAAGAAAAAGACUAACAGCAUACCACCUUGAUGCUUUUUGAAUCUGCCAACCCAUUAUAUAGUUCUUAACAACCAACACACCAAUCUUCAAUUAUGACUUAGGACAGCUUUACAAAGUUACCUGCAAAGACAUAUUUUUCUUUUUUUCUUACCAAUUCAAUGGUGUGAAGCUAUUAUUCCUAAAAGAAAGCUAUUUUGUUACAGCUGUUUCCUCGUGUGAGGGAGCUAUGUAGAAGGGUUUGUAUUUGACUAUAUUAAUAGUUACAGGGCUUGGUUGGUUGACAGCCAUUGUUGAGUUGAAGGUUACGCUAUAGAGUCCCACACAUGGCAAAGGCAAAAAGAGAGAGCCCAGACCUGAAAUCUUUGCACUUUUUCAAGAAAAGAUUUUUGUCUCUGUCAUUUGGCCUUUGUGGUUCAUUUAACAUCUUUAACAGGCUGCUUAUAUUAAAUCUAUUAGUUACAGAGUUCCAAAAUAAAAGCUGUCACCCUGUGUAACAAGACUGGCUUAUUGAAUUUGUAUUUUUAUGUUGUGUUGAGAAAUGUAUUAAUGCAAUGUAUCCUCAUUUACUACAAUUACUGUAAAAUAAAACCAUAUCUCUGUUAAA